UGUUAAUCAGGAAACCCAAUCUAAUGUUUUCUGGUCGUUCUCACAUUUGCACUACCAGUGUGAUGGAUUGACUGUUUCAAUUGUCAGUUUGGAAAAAAGAUCAGGUAUGGUGACACUCCAUCUUUGGGAUGUUUGAUUUGAAGAAGCAAACAAUGGGAGACAGAGAUAAUGCUGAGGAUGUGUUUAUCGCUGUAAUUCGUCCAAAGAAUAUAGUCAGCCUGAACUCCAAAGAAUACAAGGCUAAAGCUUAUGAAAUACUUUUAAUAGAAGUCCCUCUAGAAGGGAAGGAAAAGAAAAGGAAGAAGGUUCUGUUGGGGACCAAAAUCCAAACAGACGGUGACGUUUCCACAUCUAUUCUGCAGUAUGUUGAUGAAACAACCAAACCUAUAUCCAACAACCAGGGUUUCAUAGGAAAGCGUGUGGUGUACAUGAAGAAAUUCCCUCUUGAUGGGGAAAACGCGGGGCAAGAAGCCUCUUUAUUUGUUGUGCCAAUUAAUGUGAAAGACAAUAGUAAGCCCAUAUGCACUCCUGGGACUCCAUCUUUCUAUUGUCUUCAAGAUAUAAUGCGGGUGUGCAAUGAGACCAGCGCCCACUUCUCAUCCGUGACUUCAAAGAUGCUUCUAGCCUUGGACAAGUGGCUAGCAGAGCAGCACCUUGUUCCCCAUGCGGUCCCUGCCCUGUUCCGGCCCUCCCCAGCAGACCGGGUGAAGACGGAUGUCAGCAAUCCAGCUUACACCACAGAGAGCAAGCAUCUCGACGUCACGCUGCAUAUGGGGUACACGGCCCUCGAGAUCAAGAGCAAGAUGAUGUCGCUGGAGAAAGCGGACAUGUGCAUCCAGAACCCUCUUUAUGGUUCUGACCUGCAGUACACAAACAGAGUAGAUAAAGUUAUCAUUAACCCGUACUUCGGCCUGGGUGCUCCAGAUUACUCCAAAAUACAGAUACCCAAAAGGGAGAAGUGGCAGCAUAGCAUGAGCAACGUGACAGAAGACAAAGAGCGCCAGUGGGUGGAUGAUUUCCCCCUGCACCGUAGCGCAUGCGAAGGUGACACAGACCUGCUUUCCAAACUCCUGGACAGUGGCUUCUCUGUCAAACAGCUAGACAGCGACCACUGGGCCCCCAUUCACUACACAUGCUGGUAUGGCAAGGUGGAGGCAACAAAGUUGUUGCUGGAGAAGGGGAACUGUAACCCUAACCUGCUGAACGGGCAGCUGAGCUCACCCCUGCACUUUGCUGCUGGGGGAGGCCACUCUGUGAUCGUACAGCUCCUCCUGCAGCACCCCGAAAUAGACAGGCAUAUUGAAGAUCAGCAGAAAAGAUCCCCAUUGCAGGUCUGUGAGGAGAACAAACAGAAUGAGUGGGAGGAAGCAGCAAAACAGCUCAAACAAGCCAAUAACAAGCCUUACGAAAAGGUACGGAUCUAUCGCAUGGACGGUUCAUAUCGCUCAGUGGAGCUGAAGCACGGGAACAACACCUCGGUGCGGCAGAUCAUGGAGGGCAUGCGUCUGUCUCAGGAAACCCAGCAGUACUUCACCAUCUGGAUCUGCUCUGAAAACCUGAACCUGCAGCUGAAGCCAUACCACAAACCUCUGCAGCACCUGCGCAUUUGGACAGAGAUUGUCACGGACCUCACUGUGCUGGAUCCUCAGCGAGAGACACCACAGCUCUUUCUGCGAAGGGACGUCUGCCUUCCUCUCGAUGUGGAGAAGAAGGUUGAAGACCCUCUAUCAAUCCUCAUCCUGUUUGAUGAAGCUCGGCACUGCCUACUGAAGGGCUUUUACCCCUCGCCUGACAGCAAGCUCAUCACACUGGCUAGCCUGCUGCUGCAGAUCAUCUAUGGAAACUAUGAGAGCAAGAAACACAAGCAAGGAUUUCUCAAUGAGGAAAAUCUGAAAUCAAUAGUUCCAAUAUCCAAGGUAAAAAGCAAAGCACACCAUUGGACAAACAGGAUCCUUCAUGAAUACAAGAACCUCAGCACAAGUGAAGGUGUGAGCAAAGAGAUGCACCAUCUCCAGCACCUAUUCCUCCAGAACUGCUGGGACAUCCCCACCUAUGGAGCAGCCUUCUUCACCGGCCAGGUCUUCACCAAGGCCAGCUCGAGUAACCACAAGGUCAUCCACGUGUACGUCGCGGUCAACACCAAAGGCUUACAUCUGAUGAACAUGGAGACCAAGAUGCUGCUCAUAAGUCUGACGUAUGGCACUUUCAUGUGGCAGCUGGGCCAGGCAGACCAGUAUUUCCACAUCCACAGCCCAGAAAAUAAAAUCAACUUCAUUGUGCACACGAAACAGGCUGGUCUGGUUGUGAAGCUCCUAAUGAAGUUGGGUGGACAAAUAACAGCAAAUGACCGAAACUUAGACAAGUAUGCAUAUGUAUGAUAAGAUUGUAUGAAAUUGUAAGUAAAAUAUAUUGUGUUAUAAGUAGUCAUUUCAGUGGAUUCUAUGACCACUUUGUUCAUAUCAUUUUAUAUUGCUCAUUCUGUUUAAAAAACAGAUUGGAUUAACACUGUUAUUGUUAACUUGGCUUUUAUAGAGUUGAAUUGAAAUUGUGCCUUUUUGAGAGUUGAAAAGAGCUUUCUGGUCUAAGUAUAAGUGAACUGAAACCUAAGACUGAAAAACCUGAAAUUCAAGUUUAAUUUGGAUUAAUUGAAUCUGAAAACUUUUCUGAUUCAAACCACAGUAUUCAAUUUUAAAACAUUACUCAUGAAUUAAAAAUCCAUCCAUCCAUCCAUUAUCUGAACCCGCUUAUCCUGAUCAGGGUCGCAGGGGGGCUGGAGCCUAUCCCAGCAUACAUUGGGCGAAAGGCAGGAAUACACCUUGGACAGGUCGCCAGUCUAUCACAGGGCACACACACCAUUCACUCACACACACAUACCUACGGGCAAUUUAGACUCUCCAAUCAGCCUAACGUGCAUGUCUUUGGACUGUGGGAGGAAACCGGAGUACCCGGAGGAAACCCACGCAGACAUGGGGAGAACAUGCAAACUCCGCACAGAGAGGCCCUGGCCGACGGGGAUUCGAACCCAGGACCUCCUUGCUGUGAGGCGUGAAUUAAAAAUCUAAAAUGCAAAUUGAAUGUAAGCCAAUUCAGUUUCAAAAUUUCAUAGACCAUUUCAAAUGAAGAAAUACGCAUUUAGAUUCAAAUUCAAAUUCAGGUGCCUGGUGGCACAAGAUUUACACCAUACAUGUUUCUAUAAAACAAAGCAUAUUGUAUUCAAAUAUAUAUACUUCUCCUGUAAAUUAUUGAACAUGUUUCUUUUUUCCAUCUCAGUAUAUCAGUUUUGUAUUUCAGUAUUUUUAAUGAGCAUUUCAUUUUAAUAUAUGUGUAUACAUGUAUAUGUGUAUUUAACAUUUUAGCUAAAAUAAAGUUGCUAAUACAUCAA